UGGUGGUGGGAAUCUGGAAAAGCUCAAAACUAUUUUUAAUUAUGUUACUCAGAAUACGAUUGUUGCUGAAUUCAACAGGAAGGGACAUAAGCAGUUAAGACAAGCUAACUGAGGAAUAUAAGCAUUUCAUGUUAAAUAUUAGCUCACUGCAUGUGACAGAGGCUGGCACAACAAAUCGAAGAACUUACUUGCUUUGAAGGGCAAUGGAUUCUAACAAGCUUCUUUCCAGGAUCUUCAAAUCACUUGUGUUUUUCAGUAGUAGGCCUGCACAGGCAGCCCCCACAGACGAGCAGUGUGACUAAGAGAGAGAUAGGACUAAGCAGCAAAAUGGAUGCAUCUUCCCUCCAGCACACCACAGAAAAGAUUUCAACACAAUGAAGUCUGGGGAAAGGACAGUCUUUCGAUAUGAAAUCCUGGACAUGUCAGUAAGGACAACAAGUGCUGCAUUUAUCCAGCAUAUCAAUGUUCAAGGAUGGAAUCUUCCUUUCUGAGCUCUAAGGAAACACACUGGUGCAUUGAGAAGCUUAGGAUACUUCUACAAAGCCAAGUUUGUACAGAAGACACACCAAUUCACUGAACUAUGGUCCAAAGAAAGCAUCUGGAGUGCAAAAGAUGAACCUGCUUGAGGCAGCAAAAUCAGGGUUUUUGAUAUGCAUCAUGGCAUGUAUCCUCAUAUUUGGAUUUCUCUAUGUAAGGGAUGCCACAUCCAAAGAAGAGCAAGAUGAAUUCUCUGAAUUACCAGAAUGUGGCUCUUAUCCAGACGAGCUCUGCUCAGCCCUCUUUGAUGGGAAAGGUGCUGCUGCUCAAGUUGGCCGUUUAUGCGAGCAACACCACCACAGACGAGAAAUGCUUACUUGCAUACAAACCCCUUGCAAUUGCUCAACACUCCAGAAGAAACUCCACUUCAUUACAAGUCCACUAUCGGAAGAAGAAAGAAAUUUCUCCCUGGCAUACAUCAUCACUAUUCACAAGGAGUUGGAUAUGUUUAUAAAGUUAAUUAGAGCCAUUUAUCUGCCGCAGAAUAUUUACUGUAUACACAUUGAUCAGAAGUCACCCAAGGAUUACAAAUUGGCUGUGGAAACCCUGGUUAACUGCUUUGAGAACAUUUUUAUUGCUUCAAAAAGAGAAACGGUGGUUUAUGCAGGAUUUUCCAGACUGCAAGCAGAUAUCAACUGUAUGAAGGAUUUGAUUCAUUCAAAAAAUCAGUGGAAUUAUGUCAUUAAUUUAUGUGGACAGGAUUAUCCCAUCAAAACUAACAAAGAAAUUGUACAGUACAUUAAAAGCAAAUGGAAUGGUAAAAAUAUGACCCCAGGAAUUAUUCAACCACCUCACAUGAAGCACCGAACACAUGUGAGUUAUAAAGAAUAUGCACAUUCAGGAAAAUCUUAUGUUUACCCAACAAAGCAAUUGAAAAGUGAUCCACCACACAAUUUGACUAUAUAUUUUGGGGGUGCCUACUAUGUACUCACAAGAAAAUUUGUAGAGUUUACACUGACGGAUACACGUGCAAAAGAUCUGCUAGAAUGGUCAAAGGACACCUACAGCCCAGAUGAGCAUUACUGGGUCACCCUGAACCGCUUACCAGAUGCUCCAGGUGCUACACCAGAUUUAACGUGGGAAGGAAACAUACGAGCUAUCAAGUGGCGAGAUCAAGAAGGGAAAAUGCAUGAUGGCUGCAAAGGUCUUUAUGUCAGAGACAUUUGUGUGUAUGGGCUUGGAGACUUAAAGUGGAUUGCUGAAUCUCCUCAUCUGUUUGCCAACAAAUUUGAAACAGCAGCCUCUCCGCUUGUUAUGGAAUGCUUAGAGAGGCAUUUCAGGCAAAAAGUACUCCAACAGGCAGAAGUCCCAUUAGAAGAACAGUGGCAUCUGCAAGGACAUGAAAGCCAACAUCCAUGACCAAUAUUUGGAAGAUAAGCAAAACAAAAGGAAGUUUGGAGUUGUUUUUUUUAAAAAAAAAUGCUGUAAAUUCCAAAGAACAUAAAGCUGUGGAAUCUGGACUAUACAGUAUCAUACUGUCUAACAAAAACGGAAAAAAAACUUAAUAAAAGAAGGAAUUUGUGUGGACUGAA